AUGAAUCUUGAGGAAUUAUUUCAUAAAAUUGUUGAAGGUGAAAGAGAGAAGUAUAUUAAUGAUAGCAAUGAAAAGGAUAAUAAACUAGAAGAAAUUAAAAGUAUAUUUAAUAGUAGUAAAUUAAAGUUUGUCAUUACUUUUGCUUCUUAUAUAUCACCUUCACAACUUGAAUUAUUUCAUUAUAAAUCUGAUGGAACAUUAGAAGAUAACUCUUAUAUAACAAGACUACAAAUAGCAUAUGGGAGAAGUAAAAAAAAUAUAGAAACAGAUGUUAAAUUGAAAAAUGAUCGUUGGAUGAUGUUCGAAGAGUUGUUUAAAAAUUCUGAUUUUUUUACCGACAAGAGAAUGCGUGAAAGAGAUCCCCAAUUAUAUGAUACAAUGAUAGGUAAUUAUCUUAAUGAUAAAGAGAAAGAGGAAUUAAAACCAAACUUAAUUAAUAGUGGUUUUUCCGGAGUUAUGCAACAAUUCGUAGACUCAGAGAGAAUUAGUAAAAGAAAACAUCAAAGUAAUGAUAAUAUUAUGAAGUUAUAUGAGGAAGUUGUUAUAAAAGGUAAUAUUAAACUAUUGGAUAAUGAGGAUAUCAUAGAAGAGGAGAAAGAAGAUGAGAAAAACUCUAACAAAGAGUUUUUAAGAAAUGAAUUUUUAAAUAUUAUGAAACAAAGAUUUAUUAAUGGCGAGGAUAGUCAAUUUUUUGACUAUGAUUCAUACAAAAUUAAAGAUAAAAAAAAGUUUAAUGAUAUAAUGGAGAGAGAUCUUGAAGAUUCUUACUUUGAUGAAGAUUAA